CGCCACUCAAAUCUGUCGCCAAUUGGAUGGAAACCAAGCUACAGUAACAUUGGUGCGUCAUGAUGUCAACGCUUGUAAAUGUAGUUUAUUUUUGUACUUUAUUACAUUUUUUUUUACUGUUCCUUUGACAGUUUCCCUAUGUAAAAACUCCAAGUCCCAUAAUGCAACGCUGAAUAUUAUUAUUUUUUUGCGCAGUUUUCAGGGCAGUUUACAUUGUAACCGUGUGAGGGACAUUGGAUGACUUUGUGCCUGUGGUUAGCAGGGUUGCUUUUUUUAGUUAGUCCAUUUAUUUGGCAGGUAUAGCUUUUUCAGAGCUAUGGAGGCCCUUAUCCCGGUCAUCAACAAAUUACAAGAUGUGUUUAAUACAGUUGGCGCGGACAUUAUCCAACUGCCGCAGAUUGCUGUUGUUGGAACGCAGAGCAGUGGGAAGAGUUCAGUGCUAGAGGCUCUGGUGGGGAGAGACCUUCUGCCCCGUGGUACUGGCGUUGUCACCCGUCGGCCCCUCAUCCUCCAGCUGGUCCAUGUGGAUCCAGAGGACCGCAGGAAGACCAGCGAGGAGAAUGACCCCAAUGCUUGGAGAAACAUGCGCCUUUACCAAGGUGUCGACGGAGAGGAAUGGGGCAAAUUUCUACACACCAAAAACAAGAUCUACACAGACUUCGAUGAAAUCCGUCUCGAGAUCGAAGCUGAAACGGAAAGAGUUUCUGGCAAUAACAAGGGAAUCACGGAUGAACCCAUACACCUGAAAAUCUUCUCCCCUCACGUAGUCAACCUCACACUGGUGGAUCUGCCAGGUAUCACAAAGGUGCCGGUGGGAGACCAGCCCAAAGACAUAGAGGUGCAGAUCAAAGACUUGAUAGUGAAGCACAUCUCUAACCCCAACUCUAUCAUCUUGGCUGUGACUGCUGCCAACACAGACAUGGCCACCUCAGAGGCCCUCAAAGUGGCGCGCGAGGUCGACCCUGACGGCAGGAGGACGUUGGCUGUGGUGACCAAACUGGACCUGAUGGAUGCUGGGACAGAUGCCAUGGACGUACUGAUGGGUCGGGUCAUCCCUGUCAAACUGGGCCUCAUAGGAGUGGUCAACAGGAGUCAGCUCGACAUCAACAAUAAGAAGUCAGUGGCCGACGCCAUCCGUGAUGAAUAUGCCUUCCUACAGAAGAAGUACCCCUCCCUCGCCAGCAGAAAUGGAACCAAAUACUUAGCCAGAACGUUGAACAGGUUGUUGAUGCAUCACAUUAGAGACUGUCUCCCAGAGCUGAAGACUCGUAUCAAUGUGCUGGCGGCCCAGUACCAGUCCCUGCUGAGUAGCUAUGGUGAACCUGUAGAGGACCAGAGCUCUACUCUGCUGCAGCUCAUCACCAAGUUCGCUGCAGAGUACUGCCACACUAUCGAGGGCACCGCUAAGUACAUAGAGACAACAGAACUGUGUGGUGGAGCACGAAUCUGUUAUAUUUUCCAUGAGACGUUUGGUCGGACGCUGGAGUCCGUCGACCCGCUGGGAGGUCUGACCACCAUAGACGUGCUAACAGCAAUUAGGAAUGCUACAGGCCCGCGGCCAGCCCUGUUUGUACCUGAGGUGUCAUUUGAGCUGCUGGUGAAGAGACAGGUGAAGAGACUGGAGGAGCCCAGCCUGCGCUGUGUAGAGUUGGUUCACGAAGAGAUGCAGAGAAUCAUCCAGCACUGCAGCAACUACAGCACACAGGAGCUGUUGAGGUUUCCUAAGCUCCAUGAUGCCAUAGUAGAAGUGGUCACAUCCCUCCUCAGGAAAAGGUUACCAGUCACCAAUGAGAUGGUUCAUAACUUGGUGGCCAUCGAGUUGGCCUACAUUAACACCAAACACCCUGACUUUGCUGAUGCCUGUGGCCUCAUGAACAACAACAUAGAGGAACAGAGACGUAACAGAAUGAGAGAGCUGCCCUCGUCUGUUCCCCGGGAUAAGUCCUUUAAGGGCCCAGGUGUUGAGUCUCUCUCCCCCACUGGUCUUCCUCCCCCAGAAGGAGAAAGAUCCAAGGCUGCAGGUGGGGGUUCCCAGGGAGACCAGGAUGUAGGGACAGGGAACUGGAGGGGCAUGUUGAAGAAGGGAGAGGAGGGGAUCGGCGGAGACAAGUCCAUGCUCCAGACCUCUAACCCUGGCAGCCCUCAGAGGGGCCACGCCGUCAACCUGCUGGAUGUGCCUGUUCCCGUUUCCAGGAAGCUGUCGGCCAGAGAGCAGAGGGACUGUGAGGUCAUCGAGAGGCUUAUCAAGUCCUAUUUCCUCAUCGUCAGGAAAAACAUCCAGGACAGCGUGCCCAAGGCGGUGAUGCACUUCCUGGUGAACCAUGUAAAGGACAGCCUGCAGAGUGAGCUGGUGGGUCAGCUGUAUAAGGCUGGUCUGCUGGAUGACCUGCUCACUGAGUCGGAAGACAUGGCCCAGAGACGCAACGAAGCUGCAGACAUGCUCAAGGCCUUGCAGAAAGCCAGUCAGGUGAUAGCUGAGAUCAGAGAAACACACCUGUGGUGAGGUCCUCUACCUCCGUACUCCCUCCCUCCUACAUGGACCCUAAGCACUGAACCCUGUUCUGUCUCAAACUCACCUGGACUGCAGAGACGGCCAACUUGGAAAUACACUGGUGUCAAUUUGUGUUUGAGUAUCAAUUCUCCAUCCUUCUGAAGUUGUCACUUCCACACUCCCCUGUCAUGUUUUUAAAAGCAAUGGAUUGGUGUAAGCCUUGGCUGGAGGGAGUUUCAACCAAAUCCAUGACCGGGAGUGUAAAACGACACACUUCUGGUAAUGAGUGGAGAAUGGGGACACACAUUUGGAAAUAGUUGUAGAUUGUAUUAUAUGGACUUGAUCUAUACAGUAUCAGUCUUCACCUGCAUCACAUCGCACACCACAUGAUCUUUCAUAUGUAAGUAUUAUAUUGAUGAACGUGUGAGGUCUACCUCCUGAAUAAUGUGGAGCUAAAUUAAAGAUGUUUACUCCAGUUUCUGGCUUGCUGGAAUGUAUGCUGAGACUUGUAAAUGCUGUCUGUCUUCGUCAUGUUUACUGAUCUAUUGUCUCGCAUGCCUGUGCUACUGCUGAAAAGGUCCUUACAUGGUAUCUCUCAUUUGUGUUGCUGAUAUUUACAAAGAGCAGAGAAAUGCCACUCUGACGUAGAAUAAGUGUUAUUUGUUGGUUGAAAGCACCAUAAUGCAGCUGCAAAACGUACACUUCCAUGUUCUCUGAAUGUGGUUUGACGUCUUUUCACCAAACAAUGCUACACCGUCUCAUGUAUCUGUCGCUAAAUGUGUUUAAGAUAUCUAGGGUAUUCAUGAGGUCAUUUGUCCUACUAUAUUGAUCAUGAUAAUUCGUUGUCAUACCCACAAUACCAUGUGGUAAACUAUUGGUAGUAAAGGCAGAAUUGUGUGACAUGUCUAACUUGAAGUGGCAGGUUUAUUCUGUAUGUUCUCAAAAAGUGGUACCAGGGUUGAAUGAGUCAUUUAUUGACUUGUGAUCCAGUCUGCUGUUAUACCAGACGGAACAAUAAACAUCAACACGUAUACAGACACAUUAUCAUCAUGGGCCGAUCUCCAGUCACGGCUGCCUGCCCUCGACCAUGGCGGCUGCUCCUUUACCUCACACGGCCCAUCUUCUUGCCUCGACCUUUGGCGCUGAGGGGCAGGAAGGGGUUAAGAAAUCUGAAUCACUUGGCAGCCAGGUAGUAAGCCCAGUAGUGAACGUCUCUGUUGCAGCACUUCACUGCAUUCUGAGUCUAACGCUUCACCCAGAAGUGUGCACUUGUUCUCACUCCCUCUCAUGCAAGGGGGAGUCAGAGACUGGUGGGAAAAGUGGUCCAUUUCUGGGUCAAGUGUGAAUAAGUUGAAUGGUUUGUCAGUCCAUCAGGAUUUUACUUCUUUUGGCUUGAUGUUUAUCAUUAAAUAGUUUUAUUGUGCUGUAAUUUCAGACCAGACCAUGUUGGCAGUUUGCAUCGUCACCACUUACAAUGUCUUCAAGCUAUCGUGCAGUGAUCAUGCUGUAUGCAAUGCGCACAGACGGACAUAGGCAGUGUAAGCGAUGGUCAUGGCUGUUUCUUUGGUUUCAAUCAAUGUUUGUUCCACUGGUCAUUAAAUGACCCUCCCUGCUUGAGAGUUUGAAAGGAAUGAUGGGAAAUGGAGUUGAUAGAAUGGCAACCAGUGACUCAGCCCAAUUAAAAUGAAAACCACAAUGCUGGGUCUUGUUCAUUAGGCACAACAUGGAAGAAACUGUUCCAAACUGUACUCUGUACUUGUCCAAUAAGAGAUGCUUGUCUGUUUAUUAGUCUACGUGUUUUUUCUUUUCAUUUUGUACCCUAAUAAACACGACUCAGAAUUUC